AUGGAAACGGUUAUCCAAGGAGCCAAACAUAUGAAAGAAACGGUUUUCGAUGAAUCACAGCAUUUGAAAGAAGCAAUUGUGCAAGAAGCACACCAUUUGAAAGAGGUGAUAUCGGACAUCGGAAGAGGUGUUUUUUCGCCUUUAAGUGGUAAAAAGGGGAAUCCAAAGAACUCCAUAUCAUACUACCAAAAUUCCAAUGGCAAUGCCUUUCCAAACAGACAUAUCUACUACGAACCGCCAGAAGAGUUCGAAUUCGACGCCACCUCUUCUCUGCUUCCCAACAACACAGCUGGAGAAGUAAUCGUUCACCGUCUUCCCACCAGUCCCGACCCCAAUCCUACUCUAAAUAGCCCUACCAAGGAUUCCGAGCUUCCAUCGAACACCCCAUCGUCUGAACUUUCCACCACAAAUUCCAGUUGCCCCAAAGAACAGUCAAACGAAAAAGAACAACGAGCUUACACCAAAGAAGAAUUCACAUGCGCCAUUUUGGCACGCACGCAGCAAGAAGAGUACAGGAAGUCUUGUCCUGGUGGUCUUGAUGGCUGUUUAGAACUCGAAGACGCAUCCAUGGGUGAUUCCGGUGUGGCACUGGUCAGAGACUCUUUAGCCACCAACGGUCAGUCUUUGAUCGGUGGGGAUGGACGUGAGGCAUGUGAUUGUGAGAGAAGAUGCACGAACCCUAAGCAUUCUCAUGAUUGUAAAAGUGGCGAUUAUGGUGGUUCACCAGUUCUGGAACGAAGGAAUAAAGGUGUUCUUGGUCGAUUGAGAAAUUUUGCGAGUCGCACAAGUUACAGUACAAGUGAAGAUGGGCAUUCUCAUUCUUCAGAUUAUGAAGAUCAAGAAGAUGAUAGGAAAAUUGAAGCACGAUUCUCUCGUGAUGCACGUGAAAGAAGUUCAUCUUCAUGGGCUGGACGUGUUCGAGAUCUUCAUCGUGAUGUCAAAAAGAAAAUUUCAAGGUUGCGGAAUUCUAAGGGAACAGCUCAAGAUGAAGAAAUGAUCGAAGGUGUCGAAAGUGGCAAUGUGUUGAUUCAGCGUGGAAGUUCUGUAGAAAGUAUUCCUAGUGGAUCUGGGUCUAGUUUGCAGCCUCCUACGCCAACUAGUAGUAACAGAAGUUCCACAUCUGCUGGAGAAGAUGAUCAUAAUCCUUAUGUUGGGACUUUUAUUGGUCGAGCGCGAGCAUUGGUCGAUUGCACACCUAGUCCAUAUGAUAGAGAUGGCCUUGCUUUCAAAAAAGGAGAUAUCAUUGAUAUAAUUGCCAAGCACAAAACUGGUCUGUGGGUUGGCAUGGCUCAAGGCAAAGUGGGACAUUUCAAAUUCAUUAAUGUAGAAGAUAUUGAUGUAGAAAAGAAGACAAAACACAGACGGCGUAGAGUUAAAUAUGAGUGGCCAAGUUCUAUAAAAAAACCUGAAACUCUAGAAGAGUUGUUGAAGCAGCUUGACUUAGAGGAGUAUACCAAUGUUUUAGUUCUUAAUGGUUAUGAUGAACUGGAUACAUUUAAAGAAAUUGAAAAAGUUGAUCUAGAUAGCCUUGGAAUUGUAAAUCCAGAGCAUUGCACAAAGCUUCUUAGAGCUGUAGAAAUGCUUCAAGAUAUGGAUCCAGAUGGUGAAGAUGUAGAGGAUGAUGAAUCUCAAAUAAAGCAGUCUCCAAGAGACUCUGGCUGUUAUGCAAGCCAUGAAAAUCUCGUUCACAGAGACUCCUCUCAAAGAGCUUUAAGCAAUGGACAGUUUGUUGUUGAUCUUGAAGAUCAAGAUACUAGUCACUCUGAAAGUGGUAUUCACUCCAGAGAAGGUCAGGAUUCUGCCCUUACCAUGAAUAACCUGGAUAUCAGUGCUGAAUCAACUGCCACAACCAUGGAUGACAUGGCAGGUGUCAGCAAUGACUGUGCGGAUGAUCACAGUAACUAUAACAUUCUCCCUACUUUAGAAGACAUAUCCAAUAACCAAGAAAACCAAAGUAUAGUUGAAACUGCAACAGAAUCUGUAGAAGUUGUAGUUACUCCACAACCCAGUCAAGAAUCCUCAGCGUUAAGUGUUCCUUACUUUCUUUCGCAUUCUGGCACUAAAUCGUCUCCAGGAUCCCCAAGGAAAACCAGAACUAAACACAGCCGUAACAAGUCUCACUCACACAGGAGUAAAGAUUUAUUUAAUGACUUUAGUUUGAAUUUCCAUUCUUAUUCAUUUUCCAAAUGUCGCGAGUUGCCAAUAGAUGCUUAUCCUGAUCGAAGUGGUUAUGUUUAUGGCUGGUCAUCUUUCUACCAAAAUGAAAAAGGUUCCAAAAAGAAUAUACAUGAAUAUGAUGAUGUUCUUAGUGACCCUGCUACUGAAGUGGAAGAUUCACCUGGCCGUUAUGUGUAUCGGAAAGUGAAGCAAAGAAAGGGGAGUUUACAAACACUCAUUCAUGAUACCAGACCCCCUUCACCAACUCUCAUAUCCAAAGUAAAUAAGAAACUAGUUGCAGAAAAAAUAUAUCUCCAUGAAGAACCAUAUACAGAUAAGACUGGCUUUUGCGGCAUUCCUCCUGCCUUGGUACAAAGGUAUGCUGAAGAGCUACAACAAAAUAUAGUUGAUGUAGCAGAUGCUUUAGAUCAGAUACGGAUCACAUCAUUGCAGCAACAGGGUAGAAGAGGAGUGCCAAAUGAUUUCUUGUCAGACUCCUGCAUUGUUCCUGUGAUUGAGCCAAAUUAUUCAAGCCUUCAGUCUUGGCUGAUCUCUCUUGGUCUGCCUAUGUAUCUUCCCAAUUUUGAGUCAUGUGGUGUCAUGGAGCUUCAUCAUGUGGCAUCUCUAAGUGAGGAAGACUUGGCUCAUCUUGGCGUGCGGAACCCUUACCAUCAGGUAUAUUUGGAAUCGGCUAUUGCUGCACUGUUCAUGCGCUAUAGAAGGAGGCCUCAGACAUAUCCACAAGGACCUUCUAUAGCAUAAUUGUGUGUACAUUUGCUAGACUUUGCAACUGUUUUUAUUUUGUAAAUUUUUAAUUAAUUGAGAGAAUAAAUCAGUGCAAUAUUCUACUGUCUGACACAUGAAAGGGAAAUUCAGACUAUAUUCUAAUUACUCAUAUUGUACAUAUUAUACAAAUUUAAAUGUAAAUUCAGUAAUAUUUGACCUCAAAAUCUGUGCUAUUUGAAGGACUAUUUUUAAUAUAAAGUUAUCAUAAGAUUCUAAUAUUUCAAAAUUUGAUCUCUCAUCUUAAAAAGUUGUUUUUAUAUUAAAAUAUCAUUAUACUUGUAAAUUAUUUUGAUUUCUUACAAAUGAGACAUAUAUAAUUGUCACUGACAAUAAGAAAAAAUAAUUUAAGUUGAUUGUGCUUAGAAUGCUUGCUACAAAAUACAUAUAACCAUUGAAUUACAUAAAAUGUACUUGUCUUAAUGCUGUAAAGUUCCCACAAUGAACUGAUAACCUCUUUCAAAUAUAUCUAUUUCAGUUUGAUUAUAUUUUUGGGAUAUUUAAAUUAGCAUACAGGAUUACAUAUUAUGUUUUUCCUCAUACUGUCAACUUGAGUUGUCUCUGACGAAUAUAUUUAAAAAUUUAUUUCUUGAAAUUGUCACUGUUGUAUUUAAAAUUUGACCUAAGAGUAUAUUUUAUUAUUUAUAUAAAUAUAUGUAUGUAAGAAUUUUUUUUUUCUUGUGUAUACUAAAAUUAUAUUUUUAACCACUAAUAAAACAAAUACACUAUUGUUUUAUUGCACAUUAAUUGAUGCUUUUAAAAUUUUACUGUCAAAUGUUUUUAAUAAAUUACUUUUUUAUUUUGCACUUGUAUUCAUGCUGCUGCCUUCAAUUAAAAGUGAGAGUGAUUAGUUGAUGAACACUUCAUGUAAUUUUCAUCAUCAUUAUUUAUUUUAAAAUUUAUAACAGAUUGUGAAAAUUCUUUUGUAAAGAGUAAAUGAAUUAUUGAAAAUAAUCACAGCAAGAAUUUGUAUAGCAAUAUAUAUACAUUUCUUGACAUUUAUUAGGUUUCAUAAUUCUAUCAGUUAUUUUCAAAAAAAGACUUAAAAAAACAAAAUUCAAUUGUAUAGUACCAGAGAAGAUUAAAUUUGCAUUUGUCAGCAGCUUAAUCCAAAAACCAUUCGCAAAUGUAUAAGAAUAAAAAUCUUGUUAUCUCCAAAUUUUACUUAGCCAUUUAAUAACUUUUGAAAUAUUCAUUUUUCUAUAUCAAAUAUCUGAAAGAUGAACCAUGUUCAAUGACAAAUAUGUAAAGUAUAAAAAGAGUAGUACUCUAAACAAGUAGUCAGUUUACGAAAGUCAGUCUAAUUAACACUAAUUUUCACAAGAGUAAAAUUAUUCCAUUCUGGAAAUGCCCAAAAUAGAGAUAAUGCAAUUGCUUAUUUUUUUAAAAACAAUUAUAUAAUGUCCAAAAAGGGUUUAAUAAGAUUGGUGAAAGGCUUCUGUUUUGAGAUCUUGACAAUUUUGUUACAAAUUUAAUUUUAAUGAUAACAAAAAUUAAAAAAAAGUCAUAUUACCAGAAAAGUCUGUUGCUGCCCCAUUCUUAUUCUUUCUUCUGGUCUUUGAUCUGUAGAGGUUCAUUCUUCAAGCAAGCUCUUGUUUCUUUAAAAAAAAAAGGCUUUAAUAAUCAUGUUUAUAACCAUAUUGGUUUUCAGUUUCAAUUGUUCAUUCACUGUAUAUAAUCAUGAAGAAUUAAAAUUUUAAAACUCUUAUUUUUCUUUGUAAAGAAUGUGAAUAAAAUUUAUCAUAAAUAACUUGUUGCUCUCUCAAUAAAAAUUAUGAUUUUUCAUAAUGAGUUUUAAUUAAUAGCCAAUCAUAUUUGAGAUAUCUUGAUCAUUUUUCAUAUUUCUUUACUAUUUAAAAACUACACAUAUCUUUGACUUUUUAUUACUGUAUAAUACAAAUAUUUCUAUGACAUUUCAAAUAAUGCCAAAAAAUUUUAAAAAAUAUAUUUGCACUUAGGGAUGCAUAUUUCAUAAUGUAUAUCAUUGUUUUUAUUCACACAAAAAGAACUGCAUUCACUUUCACUUCAGUGUAUAAAAAUAUUUUUUUUUAAUUAAUGAUAUAUAUUAAGUUAUUAUAAAUACUUACCUUUCACAUAGCAAUAUAACAUAUCGAAGAGCAAACUCAAAACAUAAAAGUGGAUUAUUAUAAAAUUCUUUUUAAGUUUAAAAAUAUUCUGAUAUAUCUUUUUUUCUCUCCUGUACAGAAUGUUUUGAAAUGUAAUGUAGAUCAUUUUUUUGUGUUUUUUUACAUGUAAGAAAGCUGUUUUGAAAAGUCAUUUUGCAUAGGCAGUAUUUAAUUUUUCAAACCGAACUGUGUUUCCAUUUGCUUAUAGCAAUAAUAGAUAUUGUUUUAUGUAUUUUAACAAGCAUUAAAUUUUAAAUUAUACAUGUUUUUUUAAAUUUAAUUUUAUCCCUGUGGUAUUAGAGUAAUAAGGAUUUUUUUUUUUUAUCUGUGCAUUUUACUGACUAACGACACCUCAGCACAUUUCUGUGUAUAGCAAUGUUUUUCAAAUCUCCCUUUCCCUGUAAACAAUGUAUAGUAUAUGAAAUGUACUCCUACAGAACUAUGAAGCUUCAUGCCGAGCUAUGCUGUAAACUAAAUAACUAAUGUUUAUUAUACACUUGUAAAUGUACAACAAAGAUAUGCACUGUUUAGCCAUAGCUCAUCAGCUUUUGUAGGUGUGCUGAAAUGAAUUUAAAAUGUUGUGUAAAUUGAGUAUAAAUCAUGUACACUGUAAUAAAAAUGUUUGCAAAACAUAA